CCUUCUGCCUCGCGCACAGGUAACAAAACUUUCUCAGCGUUAGUUACCUGUGUCGCGUCACUCAAGAAACACGCCUACAGUGCUGUGAGGAGACUUACUGGGCUCCAGAAGUGGGUAGCCGCUGCCACAGCUAUGGCCGAAUCCCAGCUAAUGUGCAUGGAGGACGGUCACAUCGGUGUCAAUGUGCCGGAAUCCAAACCCGAGUUUUACUACAGCGAGGAGCAGCGCGCGGCCAUCGAGGAGCUCCUCAAGAAUGGCGACGGCGCCUUCAAGACGCGACUCAAAGAUGACAACAUGAAAGACUUUCUGUCGGCCAGAGAAGUCAAACUUGUUACGAGCACCUUUAAACAGUACGACUCGGGUAAUAAUGAAAGCGGCAGCAGCCAGGCGUCAGCGUCCGGUACCGACGCGGACUCAGGGGUCCACUCCACAUACUGGCCCAUGAUGUCGGACACGGAGGUGCCACCGCUGGAUAACGGCUGGCCCAACGGGAGUAUGUUUAGAGGGGUGACCCGGGUUGCCGUGCACACACACCCGCCUAAAGAAAACGGACCUCACAUCAAGGAGGUGGUGCGGCGGCUCAUCCAGGAGGCCAGCAAGGUGAUAGCGAUAGUGAUGGACAUUCUCACGGACGUCCACAUCCUGCAGGACCUGAUGGAUGCGGCCUUUCGUCGCUCCGUACCUGUUUACAUCUUGUUGGAUAUUCAAGGUGUGCCUCACUUCCUGGAUAUUUGCUCCAGGCUGCAGAUUGGCUCACAGCACCUUCGGAAAAUUCGAGCCAGAUCACUUCAGGGACUCGGCUUCAAUCUGUCCUUCGGCAGACUUCCUGGUUCUCUGUGUAACAAGUAUAUGCUGGUGGACGGAGACAAAGUGGUGUUUGGCUCGUACAGUUUCUCCUGGUGUACAUCUCGUAUGGACCGGAACAUGAUCACUGUGAUGACGGGACAGGUGGUCGACUUCUUUGACCAGGAUUUCCGGGAGCUGUACGCCAUCUCUGAUAAAAUGGACCUGUACAAGGAGUUCCACGUCAGUCCACCUGCUGCUGACAAGACUGCAACAAUAACACGCUCCAAAACGGGGCCAAAACGUCCACCUUUACCUGCAACCACGUCCCGCUUCCAGGUCAGCUUAGGGGAUUCACCAAAAGGUGACAUCCAGGUGCCUGCUCACAAAUACUACAACCCCAAAUACUCACUGGCAUUUGGGGACAACCCCCCACGUCCACCGGCUUCUCUGCAGGAGCCUGGACCCAAGAGAAAGCCCACUUUGGCUGAGGUUCUCGAGGAGAUGGACCCUGAGGAGCCACGAGUGGCGAGCAGUGACAAGACGGAACGCAGGGGUCCGCUGCCUUCAGUAGACCCGAAGGAAAUCUUCAAGAAGCCAAAUGGGAUCAAACCAGAAAAGAAUGGACGGAAGACACUGAAAGUCAACUGGAAUAAAUUGUCCAGUAAGGAUCCAGUCAACAGCCAUGUGAAAAGUACAACACCCCCACCCACAGAAACCAACAGAACUGAAGAGAGCGAGGACAGCUUUGAGGUUAUUGUGAAAACUCCAAACAGAUGGAAAAGUAAGAAGAUGUCUAAACUGGGCCGCAAAUCAGUGUCUGAACAAACUGUCAACAAUGGACAAGACAAUGAGAGCAUUACGGGUCAGCGUCAUGGAAAAUCACCCUGCAAAAUGUCCUGAGGUCAACCUGCCCACCCAACCACAUAUCAGAUUACAUUCUUGAUAUGGUUUACAGUAUGACACCAACAAUACCUUUUGAAUGUGCAAUAGUGUUAUUCUUUUAUAAGCAGCGCCUCACAGAGACGGAAUGGUUGUGCAGUCUAUCGUCACUUUUUAUUAAAGUUUUGUGCCAAAUUUAAAAGGCAAAAAAUCAAUAAUAUGCUACGCUGGAGAUGUUACCCUGGUGGGAUGCAGACAGAGAGCUUUAAUGGGAUAUUCCCUGGUGGUAAACAACAUUUAGAUUGCUCAGUAGAUUUUGGAUCAGUGCAUUUUCAGUGUUUACGUUGUUACUGGACCAACUGUGAGAUAGUUGGUGUAGUGCAAGUUAAAUACACUAAGGGCAAAGUGGAUCUUCAGAUAAUUCAUGAAAAUUUGCUGGCCAAGUCUGCUUUAACAGUUCCCUACAUUACAGCCAUUGCAUUUGCCUCUUUUGCUCUCAAUUCAGACGUUCUUCUAAAUGCAGCUAAAGCCUGCUCAAAUGUGAUUGGUCACGAUCAAGCAGGUUACAAAUCUAAAGCAGAACUCUUCCAACAUCAGAAGAAACCUGAAACUGGAUAUAAUCUAGAAUUUACUGAUUUCUCCCACUGAUAAAAGCAAACCAAAAGAACGUGCCUUACCCCUGAUGAUGAGGAUAUUUUUCUGUGGUGUUGUUUAUCUGUGACAAGAUAUUCCAUAGUGAUUGUUUCUGUGUCCAUUCACACUGCUCAAUAAAUGGUUUCAGAAUACAAAGAGCUUUGAAUUAGUUAAUGACAUUUUUCAUGUUUUAUAGAAACCGUCCUGUAUAGGUUGUGAGGCCCAUAUAGAGCCAUUUUUCUUUGUUGACUCUUUCCUGAACAUGCUUGUGUUUAUAAGCGUGCUGUUACUUGUUUUGCCUGACACUGACGCAGUGGCAGGAAUUACAGGCAUUGUUUGCGUAAGAUAGUCAUAAAAAGGAAUCAUUUUUACUUUCAGCCUGUUUCAUAACCCAUUAAAAACUAUUUAAGAUUGGGUUUUUUUUUUUUUAAAUCUGAAAAAUGUCCAAUAAUAAUAAAAUAAUCAUCUUCUAACAAUCAUUCUGUAACACA